GUGCGCUCGACUCCGGAUCGAGUGAUCCGGGCUCGAGCCCUGGCCGGGAUCAUUUUGUUGUGUUCUUAGGCAAGACACUUUACUUUCACAGUACUUCUCUUCACCCAGGUGUACAAAUGGGUACCAGCAAAUAAGCUGGGGGUAACCCUGCGAUGGACUAGCAUCCCAUCCAGAGGGGAGUAGAAAUACUCCUAGCCGCUUCAUGCUAAAGGAAACCGGAGUUAAGCGCCGGCCCCAUGGACCACUUGGGCCUGUAUAAAUGCUUUCUUUUUCAUAACUACUUUCAAUAAUCUCUUUUAGACAACUGAGAGCAGAAAAGAUCGCGUCCAAAGUAAGAGCGUGGGUAUAACAUGAACUGAGAGACAAAAGUUCUUUUUUUGACGUUUUUUCGGACACGCCAAACCAAAAAACAAGAACCCCUUGACGUCUUACUCGGCAGUAUUUUUCAACAGGAUGGUUUUCCUUCAAAUCAUGGCAGUGGUUCAUUCUCUUUUAAACGCCAUCGGUCUCUCUGGAAAUUUACUGGUGAUAGCCACGGUCGUCUUGGAGAAAAAACUUCAUGUGAUGCGUUAUAUUUAUCUCGCCAGCCUAGCAGUUUCAGACGCGCUCUGCUUAAUCCUGGUCAACUCUCCCCGAAUAACAAGUACAGCAAUAGAAAGAUGGCCGUUUGGUGAGACUCUGUGUUAUCUCAAUCCCUUCUUUGGGAGAUGCUUAUAUCUAAAUACACUUCUUCAUCUGAUAGCUGUAUCUUAUGAGCGAUACAAGGCCAUUGUCAAAUCUCCUUUGACAUACAAUGGUAAGAUAACUAAGUGCAGGGUGCUGUCUCUGGUUCUCAUCUGGCUGAUCCCGGUACCAUUCUCCGUUGGUCCGUUACUCGGUUGGGGAGAGUUACUAUAUACAUAUAACCCUGAAGUGUUCGUCUGCGAACAUAGAUGGUCCGUAAACAACACCACUUCCAAAAUAUUCAUCAGUAUUUUCGCCGUGACUUCUUUUCUCUCGCCCUUUCUCGUGAUCUUUUUUCUGAACCGAUCAGUUUUAAAGACGGUAAACAAUUUGCACGCAAACGCAAUAGCUGCGGUCCAGUUAGGAUGUUUUUCAGAUUCCGAAAGCCAACCGCGAAAUGCAGCAAGGAGGUUUAACGAGCGGAAGGCAGCUGUUGAUGUAACCAUUAUCAUCUCGGCUUUUCUGGUUUGUUAUGUUCCUUACUGGUUCGCUGGUCUAUAUCGUCUUCACAUCGAGAGCAGCAAAUUUCCAGCUGAGGCAAUAAUUGUGGUGAACUGUAUCUUUUUAGCUAACACUGGGUGUAACCCCAUAAUUUACUCCAUCCGUAAGAGGGAUUUUCGAGCCGGAGUAAAAAAUAUCUGGGGGCGGAUUUGUGAAAUGUGCAGAGCCUGCUUGAAUGACAUCAGGGAAACAGAGGUUAUUACCGACAAUUUCAGAUCUCUUUUCAUUUUCCGGGGUGAAGUUUUCACUGUAAGAACAACCACCGCACCUGCGUUAGAACAGCGGAAUAAAGAACUUCAAAAUAAUGGCGGCGUAAAACAAUUUGCAGUAAGACUUUACAGAAGUGAUCUUUCUUCGAUUGAAGAGGUCCCAGAACCAUAAAAUCAAACACAACAAUAAUAAAGAAAAAAGCAUCUGAAAAUAAGGUGUUUCGAGCAGGUGUUAGAUGUGUUUAAGACGAAUAUAAAGAAUUUGAGGACGCUCUAAUGAUAUCAAGUUCGGAAAUCGUUUAAGCAAAAUAAUUUGAAAGUCGAGAUUUGCAGGAAAGAACCUCAGCGAAUGCAAAGAAGUGGUGCAUGACACGGCCUAAACUUUAGCAGACUUAACCAUUGAAUGAAUUUCGCUGCGUGUAUAAAUCGCAGAUUCCAUUUUGUUCUUUCGAUACCUUAGAUAAAAUUGAAAGGAAAUUGGCCUUCGAACACCUAAUAGCAAAAUUCAUAUUUUUCAAAAUCACAAUUCUCACCGAUAAAUCCUUUCCUUUAUCAAAUUUUUACAAUCUUCAUUCUCUGCCAUCGAUAAACACUUCUCACAAACGAGACGAAAGGUUUUUCUCCACAUUGAGUCUUAGCAGUUCGGAAAGCGACAAGACUGAAGAACAAAAAUUUAUAUUUCAAAUCGGAACUCUUAAUCCUAAGGUGUUAACGAACGCUUUUCAUUCAACUAAUCUAUUCUUGUUUUUGUCGUUGCUAUGUUCCCACCAAUAGCGUGGGUCCAUUUUAUGCAUAGAAGCACGCCUACAACCCACGUUUCCUCCUUCGCCAAUUUAUGUUAUCAACUCAGUAGAUAAUACCAUUUUCUUUUUUCUCAUCAGCCGUGAAAAUAUUGAUAAUCUUAUCAUAGGCUAGGUACACGUAUUAGGGCUGAAAUAUGAACUAUGAACUCAAAACUACAUCACGAGUAGUCCUUACUUUUCGGCCAAGCUCGUUGCGCAAGUAACGUUUCCUACGCUUAUCUCGUAUUCUCCCAACCUCACAAGUGUUUACAUCAGGCUAUGUAAACACGGAAACCAUUUUACAUUUCUUCAUUAAUUCUUAAAACAGGCCUUGUAAAAUUGAAUGUUGUUCAGAAUAAAAAUUUAAUUCAAAUACAGGACUUGUUAAGGCUACCAUAAAAAAUUAUUCGACUGCAGUGUUCUCUGCAAAAAAACAUAAUUAACUAAUCGUUAUUUCCGAUCGUCAUUAUUACCGCUCAGACGGUCCGUUACUUUGUAUCAGUAGCGUGAUAUGAAUAUUUUAAUGGGCGACCACUGUGUCGCUAGAAAAGUCCUUGGCUUUUGUUCGACGGUUGAACGUAAAGCUGGUAAACUGGGUCUCGCGCACGACAUUGAGGCAAAUCUCGUCCUUCCGCUUUGACUUAAUGAACUAGGCCCAUUUUCCUCGAAAGGGCGCUACUUCUGAGGAGAGAGACACGACACCGCUCUCCAUGUGCCUUCAUUUUGAUUGGUCCAUAACCGAAAUCAAGGUAUUCAACAACAAAUCAAAAGAAUAGGCCAUUGAUCUAGUUGGUGACCACUUUGAA